AUGUACCCCGUGGGAUCGACGGUCAAGAUUAUACCCGGAAUGGCGACGAGUGUGGUACGGGGCAUGUAUUCAUACCGGCAGGCGCACACGAAGACACUGCUUGCACAGGCGCCGUACACGUUGAAUGCCUGGGACAAGAGGGGCCCAGAGGCACCGAAACGUGGGGGUAUUCCUGCCGAAUAG